CUAGCGAAUCGAUUUUGCGGACGUAGCAGCAGGAUGCGGUGCGGUUUCGCGGCGAUCGAAUCCAAGGACGGCUGUCGUGCCCACAAAAUGUGUGCCUGAUUGCUGUGGGUGCCAAUGUUUAUUUUUACGGUUCUGUUCACCAGUGCGUAACCGAGUCGGAUCGCCGUUUUCCCAGUGCUCCAGGUCCUUCCGGUGUGUGUCUGUGUGUAUGUGUCUGCCGGUACACCAGCAAACGAAUAAGGAAUAAGUUCAAAUUUCGGGCCCCAACUUCAAUCGCGAAGAAGUCGCAAAAUUUUUCCAACCAUAUUUUGUGUUGUGAUGCUGAUUUGGGGCGCCGGGGCAUAAGGUGUGCGGGAACCGCGGAGAGCGCAGAGCGAGUGUGUCGGGCUGACUAGUGAACCGAGAGGUCCUUCGACACCACGCACAGCCCGUGCUCGGAUGUCGUCGCCGUAAACGUCAUCGGCUGCCUGGCCUGGUUCGCUGCCUGCAGGACUGGCUCUGCAGUGUUCGCCCCCUCUGUGGAGGCUCUCGGUCGCGGCCGCGGGCUUGUGGGGCUUGUGGUGGUGGCUUGUGUGGCGGCGCUGAAGGCUCGCUGUGUUCCGCACCCGCACACGCCGCGGGUGGCAAUCGAAAAGUGCUGAAGUAGAAAAAAUAUGGUGUGGCUAAGCGAAUCGCGAGCCGUAGUGAAUAAUUUACACAUUUCGCGUGAAGUAUGGAUAAAAGCUCUGCUCUUCGGACUGGUGCUGAGUGCGCAUGUGCUUGUUGUGACAUCGCAGCAGCAGCAUCAGCAGCAGCAGCAGCAGCAGCACCAGCAGCAGCAGCAACAGCAGCUUUUACCGACAAACCUGCCAUCUCCGCAGAAAAGAGCCGGUAACACUGCGGAAGGUGCGAAGGACCACUGCAACAAAACGAUCGACAUCGACGAGGACAUCUCAUCGCCGGAGGUGACCAACCUGAACCGUAACCGGCCCCUGACCUGUUGGUACCGGUUUCGCAGCUUUCGCGGAGCGCCCCGGGACCUGGUGCUACGGUUGAACUUCAAAAAGUUCAAAGUCGGAGCCCUUCUCAACGCGACACACUGCGAGGGUGGCUAUCUGCAGAUAGUGGAUGGCAACGCGAAAACCGAUGUGUCAAACCGUCGGGAACCGGGUCAAUUUUGCGGUGAAUCGGAGCAACCGCAAACGUUCAUCAGCGAAACAAGUGCCGUCAAAAUAGUCUUUCACACCGACAACUUUACCGACCAGACCUACUUCGCGUUCGAUUCCCGGCCCGAGCAGCAGAUGGAAGUGUUCAACCGGUACGGUCCGCACCCGGAGCUCUACCCGAACCGGCGGGGCGAAGUGGUCCAGGGGUCGUACUGUGAGCGCGAGUUUCGCGACUGCCGACUGCAGACGUGCUACGUGCAGUCGCCCGCCUACCCGGGCAUAUAUCCUCGGGCGCUCAAGUGUCGCUAUCGGUUGCACACGAGGCUCCCCUUCAUCAAGCUGUACAUCCAGAACGAGCAGUUCGCCGUCGAUGGCCAGAGGUGCGAAAACAUCAUGACGUGCCCGAUGAAGGAGAUCGGUUCCGGGUCCGAGCACUGCCCGUACGACUGGCUGGCGGUGUACGAUGGGCGCGACGAGCACGCACCCCCGAUCGGGAAGUUCUGCGGCAUGGGCAAGUUCCCGUUCAGCAUUAUCGGAACGUCGCAACACAUGUACGUCGAGUUCGUUUCAUCACCAGCGGGGCCACUGCUGAACACCGGGUUCCACUUCAACGUCGGCAACUGGCCCGGCCACGUGGAGACGGUCGGCACCAAGCACGGGGCCUGCGACUGGCUGCUCAGCUCGGAUGCGCUGCGCGCCACUAGUGCCUCGGAAGGGAUCUUCCUCAGUGUGGCCCACUGGUACCCACCGAACACGUCCUGCAGCUACCACAUACAGGGCAACGACGACGAGGUGGUGCGCCUUUACUUCCCCAGCUUUCGGAUCAAUCGCAUCGAGGCGCCCAUCAUCAAGCACGAGGAAGACUGCGCCGAAUCGCUCACGAUCUACGACGCCAACAACCCGGACCCGGCGCGGAUCAUCAAAACGUUCUGCGACACCUUCUCGCGGCCGAUGGAGAAGAUCGACUUCGUCAGCACGGGGCGCUCGCUGUACGUGAAGUUCCUCAGCAAGACCGGCUCGUACAGCGGGAGCUCCCUUUACUACUGGGCGCACUACGACUUCUUCAACAACACCCGGUUCGGUGAUCCGGUCCCGAACACGCUCUGUGACGAGGUGUUCUACGCGUGGAAGUACGGUCGGGGCGAACUGAAGUCACCCCGGAACACACUGAUCUACAAGCGGGCGUCCGGCAGUGACGUGCGCUGUCAGUACAAAUUCGUCACCGAUCGGCGACUGUUUUCGCGCGUGGUCGUUGAGGUUACGUCGGUCACGUUCAAGGAGGUGCCGUACUCGAUGAACGCCUGCACCCGGUGCCACGAGGAGCGCGUCGACAAGCUGAUCCUGUGGGAGGAGCGCGACAAGAGCCAGAACCGGUUGGCGUGCUUCUGUGAUAACAUUCCGCGCCCGGUGCGCAUUAUCUCGUCCGGUGACCAGAUGAACCUGGAGCUCAUCAUCCAAGGUCAGCACGCCACGACCAGCUACUUCAAGAACCCGAACACCCUGUUCGAAGCGAACUACGAAUUCGCGCACGGCCCAAUCUGUGGACCGAUCUCGUUGGGUCCUUCGCCGGACGGUGAGCUCGUGUUUCCGUACAAGAAUGCGCUCGGCUUCCAGCUGGCGGAGAACCGCCGGGAGAAGUGCAUCUGGGAGCUGAAGGUGGCCGCUCAGCGGGAUCUGUGGCUGCACCUGGACAAGGCUCGGUUCGCGGAGCGUAGCUGUGAGCACGGGCGUAUCGAGGUGUACCUGGCAGGACGGCUUGAGCCACGGUUUAUCAUCUGCCCGGAGAACGUGAGCCUGGCGCGGGAUCUUCCGAUCCUGUCGGCGGCCGAGCUGGGUGCGGUGGAGAACGAAAAUGAACCCCUGCCGGUGCUGAUCCAGUACACCGGGGACAGUGCGGUGGGCAAGAAUGCGUUCAAGUUCGUGUGGACCGAACUGUUCCAUCUACCUCGCAACGCGGACGGCACGCUGGCCACGUCCGCGAUGUUCAAGGACAGCUGCGACUUUUACUGCCCCGGCGAUCAGCACGUCUGCAUCCCGGAGUAUCUGCUGUGCAAUGGGGCACUGAACUGCCCGAACGUGACCGGGUUGCGGGUGGUCGAGAGUAACAUCGACAAGAACUACGAGUACAUCGAGGAGAACUACCUGCGGACGGGGCUGUUCGACAAGGAGUUCCUGCUGAACAUCGAGUACCUGACGGACGAGUCGCCGGAACUGUGCCGCACGAAGUAUAUCCCCACGGGCGCUGGCGGGACGGGCCACGUCGAGCUGCCGGAAGUCGUCGAGUGCUUCCAGUUCCCGGUGGUCCAGAUGGUGCUGGCCGCCCUCGUCGUCAGCACGCUCAUCAUUCUGGCCUUCGUCAUCUACUGCCGGCUGUACGGCCAGAAGUACUACGAAUGAGAGGAACCACACUAGCGCUGGCUGUAGCGUUCCGCGGCCCGCCAUACCGCCGUAGUCCUUCUCUGAUGCGGUCCUCCCCGAAGCUACGUUUCGGUUGGGUACGGGUUGGAUCCACCGGGGCCCACCAUCAUUUAUCGAUCGGAGACGCAACGACGCGAGCGAGCUUAUUGCGGGUUGCGCAAAACUACAUAGAACCAUAGAGGAGCAUUAGAGUGCGGUAGAGAUUUCAACACCCCGAUCCAGGCCGAGGCCGGGGUCCAGUCGAGUGCACUUGCUAGAGUUGCUAGAGACAGUGAACUGCACCACGACGUUGCCACACUAGCCACUAGUGACGUUAGUUCCUUUGCUGACCUUUCGUUUUAGUAAUCAGUUAGAAAAGACAAACAGCUCACAGAAACCCAACACAGCACACUAGUCCGUUAGUUGCACCUCGAACUUUUGAUUGGGUUUUCUGACUUUGUUCCAACUGUGACUGUCAAGUUGCCCUCAUAAUGACGCCAGCGGGCAGUUGUUAUGCUCUAAUCACCCCAACAAAUUGUGAUCUUGAGCCUCUGUGUCAUUUUGAGUUUAUCUGACCGACCGACCGACCGACCGAGUGGAGCAACUGGUCUUCACUGGAAAACUGAAAACGUUUAACUAGCAGCAGACCUUUGCACAACUUGUACAUAGACAUUGCCAACUAAUGCCAACCAACCGUAAACCGAUCAGCACACCAGCAAAAAUGAGUUCCGGGCAGGGCGAAUAGGAUGAAACAAAAUAAAUAAAUUUAAAACAAAACAAAACACACAAUUUAAAGCAAAUGAAAGUAGCGAAAAACCACAAACCUAGGGAAAUUAAUGAAUCAAUUUCAAUUACUCUAUAUACACACCCGAGCGGGCAGACAGAGCGCGCAGACGGGUUGCGUUGCGUGGUCAACGGGAGGAACAAACGACGCGAAAAGAAAAUGUUAUUAAAUUUAAAAUGUAGUAAUUGUGUGAGACGGAGCUCCGUUGUCGGGUGAUCGGGUGAUCAAUAAAGAGAAACAGCAC